AUGGCCUUGUUGCAACUACAAACAUGCAACUUUGACACAAAAUGCUCGUACGCGACCAGUCAGUGUAAACCAGGACUAAUUGAAGCACUAUCCGACACCCCUCACAUACAUCCAACAUAUGCACAUGGCUUCGACCCUCCUUCGCGCUCCCUCGCCCCUUCAGAUCUUCAGAUCCUAAGUAAUCCCGCCUUCCGAGUUUACAUGGCCCACCUCGCCAGCAUCCAUCCCUGCAUGCAGAGCCUUCGCAAAGAACCUCCUCCGCCCCUCCAAAGUAAUCCUCCAAAAUUUCCCUUCCACCUCAAUCCCCCAUUCCACUUCGAAAGCCUCAUCUUCCGCCUCAACUGCCUCCCCCCCACUUUACAUCUUCAUCCCUAUCCUCAUACAAACUUCCCUCUACGCUUCGGACAACACAAGCUCUGCCUCGUCACUUCCACGUCCUUCCUCCAUUGUCAGAAUCAACGUGCUGCAGCUGAGGGUGAUCAGUUUCCAAUGGAGAAAUGCCAGGGUUUCUGUGGGACUGAAUGCGUGAAAGGAGGGUGGGAUUCAAAAAGGGACUUCGAACACAACUUCUGCUCCACGCAAUACGCACAUAACGAAUCACCGGCUGGUUGUGCUUCUCAAGCCCAAUCUCAGACGGCGGACGCGAACGAUUAUGUGGAGCAUUUUCGUCAGUUAAACCGUUGCCCCUGUAUCGUGCCUGGUAUGGGCGUCGUUCCCUCUUGGGAUUCUUCGACGUCGACUUCAUCUUCGAGGGUGCCAUUCACUGCUGCUACCUUCUCCACCAUCUCUGAACACGAUCUGUACUGCCACUACGUCCCGGGUCGUCGGCAAGCGACGAUUGUACUUUCAGUGUGCUUGAAGUCCUUUGUCCCAGUCGUGCUUGAGUGGAUGGUGAACCUGCGUGAUGCUUUCAUUCUCAACAUCAGCUCAGCAGAGCUUCGGUUCUGGCUUACUGAUAUCCGCAUUUCAAUAGGUUUGAGUACGGCAUUCAGGCGUCGUCGGUCAACAAUACAUGAGCUCAAGUUUGCCACCAUCCAUGAAGUCGGAGAUCAAUCUGUUUUCCAACGCAUGCGUCAAAGAAGCAUUGAUAUGGCUACAGCCGCGUGGUGUGGAAUGCUCGGGGUCAGGACUCUAGUAGCUCGUUCCUUCCUCAGCCCCCGAGUGUGCGGAGAUUUCGACCUUGCGCCCUCCACAUUUGCCCUCGGUUUGAAUGGCAGCCACUGUCAUAUUUUCUACUUUUACGAGCAGGACAUCGACAUUUCAAGUCGAGUCACGACACCCAAUGGCCUGACAGUUCAACGUGCUCAACGUAUGGUGCUGCUUAGCGCGGAACGGAAGAAGCUGGUCUGUGCGGUUAGGGCAACGGGAAACGACACAAUGGACGUCGAUUAUGAUGCAAUCACCCCACCAGCCACAAACCCUUGUCCGAGACUAGUCGGAAGGACAUCUGGACACCUACAUGACCUCUACACUAGCCAUGACGUCGGCAAACUGGAACUACAAAUCACUCUUUAUUAUCUUCCGCGGACGCUCCCCGAGGCGAUCCCCACCUCAACCCCCCUUUUGAAGACGGUCGUAACGAACUGA